UGCCCUUGAUUUCAACCAAGUUGUGAUAUUUGUGAAGAGUGUUAGCAGGGCAGCAGAGUUGAACAAGCUGCUUUGCAAAUGCAACUUCCCUGCAAUCAGCAUCCAUUCUGGCAUGACGCAGGAAGAAAUGUUGACUCGAUACAAGAACUUCAAGGAAGGACACAAGAGGAUACUUGUGGCCACAGGUCUAGUGGGCAGAGGAAUUGAUAUUGAGCGUGUCAACAUCGUGAUAAACUACGACAUGCCUGAUUCAGCUGAUACAUACCUGCACAGGGUUGGAAGGGCUGGCCGUUUUGGCACCAAGGGGCUUGCUACAACUUUUGUUUCCUCGGCCUCGGACUCGGAUGUUCUUAACCAAGUGCAAGAGAGGUUCGAGGUUGACAUCAAGGAGCUGCCUGAGCAGAUUGACACUUCAACAUACAUGCCGUCAUAAACUCUGCUUCAUCCGAGGUGGAAGAAGCUGAAGAAGAUGCCACCAUGGAUUUGUUUUUGUCUGCGUCCCUGCUAGUGUCAGCACAGGGAGCAGCAGCUGUGUACCAUUUAGUAUUUUGUGCUUGUAGGCUGAAUUAUUAUUCUAGGACAUGCUGAAUGUAUUAUGCAGCAGAUGGAUGUUUUUGCUUAGUGUUUGAUUUGGUUAUAAUAU